AUAACCUUCUAUCAUUUAAGUUAUAAAGAUCAAUAAAAGAUACAUGAAAAGCACAAAAGUUAUAUGCACUCAAGCAAUUGAAUACCUUAAUGGAGAGACCAUUGCUUAUGCAUCUCCUUUGUAUGUUCCCUUUGAUUGGAGAAGAUCUCAUCUUUGGGAUAAUUUCAUUUGAAAUUCCAAUACAUUUAAUCAUCUCAAGUUUACUUAACAUUGCUUUGGAAAAUUCUUUACAACAAAACUCAUUAGUAGCACCAAAAACAAUGUUAAUUCCAUCAUUAUAUACAACAUGUAUAUUUCUUACCCUGGAGAUGUAUCAUUUAUCACAUUACCUUUAUAGGAUCUCUUUCUUGGAUAGAAUUAUGAUCUUUGUUUUUGUGCUUGUUGCAUCUCCUCGAUCUUGUUCUUCUCACUUGCUUCACAUGGAGGUUGUGUGAUGCUAUUGCCUUCAAUGUUCAUUUUUAACUUUGUUACCCAAUAACAUCUACAUCACAAUUUCACAACUCUUUCUAAAGCAAAUGGGGUUCAUCUCAUUGAAUACCACAUGAAUAGAUUCAACACUAUUACUCUUUUUUAUAUGCAUCAUAUCAUAUGAUAAUAAAUAUAAAAAAUCUUAUUCAUUGAAAUCAGCCAUGACUAUGCAAGCCUUCAAGUGCAUGACAUAUAUUUGCACAUAAUCAAAUAUCAUCAAAAUUAUCCAUCAUAAAGAAAACAUACAAAUCCUUCCAAGUGUAGGAUUCUUCUUAAGAUCAAGUUUAACUUUCAAGUGCUACCAUCAAACUCAUGAAAACAAUGAGACAAGUAAAUUAGAAUGUGAUAAACCAUGUAAAGUAAAACAAGUUAUUAAAAUACUCAUCUAAAUCAAAUCAUCAACCAUCUUCAAAAUGACACAUAUGACAUGAAAAAUUACUUAUACCAUGAAGAGCUCAUUAUGAACUAGAUAUGAUAAAUAAUCAAUCUAAUCAUUCACA